UCUAAUGAAAAAUGAAUGAUUGGUCUUGGUGAUCGACGAUUAUAAUUUGUUAACGUUCUAAUUUAAUUGCAAAACUCAGAAUAUCAAUUGACAACUGCUUUGAUUUUUAUACUGUCACCAGUCUUACAUAAUUACAAUAGAUUUUUACAAAAAUAAUGAAAACUUAGCUGUACUAGGUGGCCAUGUUGUGUUGUGUUUUGUGGCGGUAAAUUUAAAUUUCUUUUCCAUCAUUUGUAUAAAAGGUUUCAAUACGAAGAAUAAUACUUCAGAGAGAAGCUUAAAUUUGGAAGAUAUCCGGUAGUGUAAGUGUUAUGGAGCCCUGUGCACCAGGAACAGAAGAUGAUCCACCAAUUAUGUAUUCCACUCUGAACAAACAGGCAACAGAACAAGAACGAUUGCUGAAACAGAAAGCUAUACUGAAAAAUGGUCAGUACGACAACAUAUUCGAGCUCAGCUAUGUCAAUGGUGCAGAGCAUUGGUUUUGUAAUGCUUGCCAGUGUCCUGUUAUGGGGCGUGUUUACCAGCAUGAAAUCGGCAAACGUCAUACCCAAAAUUUGGCGAUGAAUAAUCGCCAUUUGGACAAACCACGAAGAGAUGAACCUGAUGAUGAUCCCAUAACCAUUGACGUCGCACCAGGUGAACCUGUCCCCCCUGGUUUUGAGGAAGAGAUCGGCAGAGUUGCACAGAUUCAAGAACGACUUGAUGGAUUCAAAGUUGGGCCUCUAAUAGCCUUGGAAUAUCUAUUAGAGUUGCAGGAUUAUGAUCCGUCAAAGGAACCCGUUUAUUUAUGCAUUUUGUGUGACAAAAGGGGAGAUCCCCGUACUGUAUUAACCCACCUUGCCAGUUAUAAUCAUAUUUCUCAGUAUCUGCAAAAACAUUUUCCCACUUGUUACCGUGCUCUUGCGCCAUACAUGACAAAGCAAUAUAAGAGAAACUGGCAAAUUACUUUGCAAAAAAUAGCCGAAGCCAUUGAAAAAAAGUUUGGUCGGCUCAAACCGUACCCCAUUGAAAAAGAUAAGUUUGAGAAAGAGAGGAUGCAUUAUCUCCAGCAGAUUUCAAAAGGCAAACAUUUUUCAGAGCAGUCAGGUUGGACAUUUGAGGAACUGAUUGUCCACGAUGAAUUAACAAAGUCUCAUGGAGAAGAAAAAUCAUAUGAAUCAACUGCGUCUAACAAUUGGGGUGGAUCCGCUUAUAUAGAGAGGCCUUUUAAGAAGAGAAGCCCUUCGCCGCCAGUUGUAGCUUGUCCUACUAAAAAAAAUAAAACUGGUCUGGCCAAUAAAAAACAACUUCCCGCAUAUAUUCCAGUUGGACAAAGUAAUGCAAAAACCUCAGCACAGCCAGGCAGAAGAAGAUCGUUGUCUAGUGUUUCUAGUAUUUCCAGCAGCGACAUGAGUGAAGGGGAAGGUAGAGUUAGAAAAGCAGGUAGAAGUCCGAGGAGAAGAGAGUCUCCUUCACCAAGAGGACGGCAGCUUCCUUAUCAGAGACGUAGAUCGCCCUCUCCAAGACGUAAGUCGCCUCCAAAACGAAAAGGUGAAAUGCCAUGGCAAAAUCCUAAUUACCAGAAGCAGAAAAAUGAGUUUACGGAAAAGAAAAUGACAGAAAAAGAAAGGGACAAAAUCAGAAAAAUAGAAGAAUUUAGAAAACUUGCAAGAGCCAUAGAAAAUGAUAUGCAUAAAACUCUUAAACAACACGAAAAAAAUCCUGAAAAACAUCCACAGUAUAAUGAGGAGUGGAAGAAGUUUUGGAACAAAAGAUACAAGGAGUUGCAGACCCAAGGCGUAGAUGCUUCCAAACAUGAUUUUAAACCCGAAUGGAUUGAAUAUUGGAAUAAGCGAAUGGUAGAAUUACAUAGCGAUGAACUUCGUAAUAGGAAGGAUGCAUUAAGAAAAAGAUUGGGUCUUCCUGAAGAAAUCAAUCCUAUAAAGUUCAAGAUAGGUGUCGUACCUCCAGUAAUUAAGGAAAAUCCCAAAGAAAACAAACCAAACUUGCCCAUGGCUGCACAACCAGAUCAGGACAAUGAAGUGAUCAUAAUAGACGACAAGGAUGACGAUUCAAAGUCUCGAAGUCCAUGGGAGAAGGACACUACCACAAAGCCAAAACCACGGGUACGGCGCAGUCCUUCACCACGUUCACGGAAGAGGUCUCCUAGACGGUCACGAUCCAGAGAUAGAAAUCCUCCAAGACAAAGAUCAAAAUCAAGAGAGAAACAUCAAUUUAAACGAUCCAGAUCAAAGGAAAGAUAUUUCUCUACAAGAUCAAAAUCGAGAGACAGGUCUCGUUCUAGAGAAAUAAUGAAAGUUAAAGAUUACUCGCCUAUGAAAGAAAGUUCUCGGACGAAGGACAACAGGUCACCUUCACGGGAAAUGUCUAGAUCAAUGGAUCAUAAAGAUUCGAGGGAGAAGCGAUCACAUUCUCUGGAUAGGAAGUCGCGAUCUAGAGACAAGAGUCGCGAAAAAAGAGAUAUGGACUAUAGAGAGAGCAGUUAUGAAAGGGAUAUGAGGGGAAGAGAAAGGGUUAGGACAGUGGCUGACCUGCCUUGGGAGAGGGAAAAAGCCGUCUAUAGAUCUCAUUUUGAAGACUACUAUAAACCUCCUUCGGUUAUGCGGGAAGCUACUAGGAAACCGGUUAUUCUUCCCGAUGUUCCUGGCAUGCAAGUGGUAAUGCCAGAAGAUGACGACGACGGAGAGGUCAAUAUCGUAGAUGUGCUGCGCAUUUUGACAGCCCUAGAAGAACGCCUAGGAUCACUAGGCCCAAAAAUUAUCGACCUCCUCGCGCAGGCCCUCGCCCUGGAAAAGAAAGAAGCUAAUAGCUCCGAAAUGUUACUGGAUAGCGAUUUAAAUUGCGUUUUAUUUGAAACGGUCAAGGAGAAGCUGAAGGGACAGCUUUUGGCCGGUUUGGUGGAUAUGGUGCAGGAGAGAGCUUUUAAAAAGGCUAUUAAAAAGACUGCAACUUUGAUCCAUAUGGCAGGUCAGAGGAAAAGACAGAGGGAACGUAUGAUGCCGAAAGUUAAUCCGGUGAUUGUACCUGGAGUUGGUACUGUGGACAAAGCGGCCAUCGCUAAACAAAUCGCUACGGCACUUAUCAUGCAAGGCAAAACUGAUGUUACGCAGGCAGAGUUGGAAUAUCUUAUUAAUGCAGUGGUUGGUAUGGCUGAAGCUUCCAAGAAUUCUAACAAACCCAUGACGACAGCUACAUUCCUGCAGCAGAUAGCCGGCGGAUCUACUCCGCUCCUUUCUUUAAGCAAACAGCAUGAAGCAGUGGAGCCUGACGAGAAAAUUAUAAUACCCUCAAAUUCCAAGAAGUCAAACGUGGUAGAAUUGGAGAAGCUCACUGAGCCUUUAACUCCUAGCCCGGGAAAAAGUUCUGUUAGUAACAUGGAGAAUCUGUCAGAUUUGGAUUUGCAAACUCUUUUGCAAAACUUCAAAGACUUGUCAACUGACGAGCAACAUAAUCUUAUAAAUUAUUUGAAAAAACUGGAAACCCACGAACCCGAAAGGGUCGAGAGGUUGAGGAAAUUUGUGAACUUGGAUCCGAACGCAAGGCCAAAAGAAGAAGGUGAAACGGUUCCUGAGAACAAAACAAAGUCAUCAGAAGGGCGGCAAAGUCCAUUCUCUAAUAGACAUGGUAGUGUCAAUCCAGCGUCUGAUGAUUUGGUAAGAAUCGAAUCUGACGAAGAAGAUAUGGGAGAUGAAAAAGAGGAGAUUAGAUCUGAGGAAAAAGAGAAACCACCGACUAAAGUACAUCUGGAUUCGGAAGACGAGGACUAUACAUAUGAAGAUGUUGUCAAAGCAGUUUCGAAAAACGUUAAAGACAAGGAACUAGAAAAUAAUAUGAAGAUUGUGGAAGAGACCAUGAAGUUUGAAACUAAUAAAGCGAAGAACGAAGUCGAUCUAACUGACGCUAAAGCACUUAUUUCUAACUUGAUGAGUAAUUUUAGUAAAGGUAAUUCUAAUACAAACAGUAUUGACCUCUUAGGUUUGGGAAUAAGCACUCCAAAUCCACCACCUUUGGCGACUACCACCAGCAACAUCAUGACAAGUACUGCCGAUUUCGCGAAAACUUUGAGCAGCAUAAAUGUCGCCAACCUAGCCAGUAUCGUAAAUAACGUCAAGAUGAUGUCACAAGAGGAAUCAAAGGAACGGCCACUUAAUUUUGAACCCCCAUCGCCUUUGAGAUCCAACACUGCUAAAUUAAACUUUGAUCCUACACAUCUAAAUAGAGGUCCGUCGCCUAGAGUAUUGGACAGAACUGAUCUUCCGAUGGGUUACGACGAUGUACGAAGAAAUAUAGGAUUGGGACGACAAGGUGCAGGGUAUGACCUUGGUGUACCUGGUAGAGGACCGGGUGGGCCAGGAUCUCUCCUUGGGCCUGGUGGGAAUCUAAGGCUUCCAAGUUACGGUGGUCCAGGUGGUUUAAGUAGAGAUAGCAGAGGGUCUAUUAUACCACCAAGGGAUUUAGGGGUGUCGGGUUCACUUUUAGGCUCCAGAGACAGGCCUCUGAUGCAGUAUCCCAGAAGUACAGGCUCAUUCGGUCCCAGUUUCGGGAAUAAUAGUAACAAUGACUUUCCUCCGCUCGAACGCGUUCAGUAUUCCGGCAGACCUAAUGUUUUCGAUCAGAGAGGUAGAAUGGAUAAUCCAAGAUUUGGUGGGAAUCUUUUUAAUAAUAGACCUAGCAGUGGCAAUUACAGAUGGUAGGAUAAGUACUUUUUCCAUGGAAUAUUUUAUGUAUUUGAUAGAAUACAUACGUUGCCGUAUUACGUUUUUUGUUUUAAAAUAAAUUUCUAAGAGUACUUUAUAUUGAUUUUUGUACUUUAGGUUUUCGUGUAGUUGUAACGAUUUAAUCCUCACUCCCAGUUAUUUUUACUUGGUGUUUUGGACCAUUUCCAUUUGUGAAAGAAAAGUAUGUAAUACUCUAUGUAAUAUACAUAUUUCAAAACGA